UGCCUCCCCACCAUUCACCAGGCUCCAUUGCACUGGCUUAUUCCUGCCUCAGCUGUGCUCCUUUUCCCUGAAAAGUUCUUCCCCUAGAUCUUCAUGGGUGAUUUCCUUCUCAACAUUCAGGUGUGAACUCAUGCCACUUUCCCGACCACCCCCAUCCACUCAGAGAUCACCCAAAAUCCCAUUACCUAUUUUGUUACUCCAUCAUAUGUAUCACUAUCUGAAACUAUCUUAUUGUUGAUGUCUUGACCCCUUCACAGACUCACACAGGAGUGCCCCAUGUACUCAGCCUGCCCCACUCAACCCCUUGCAGGAGGGAGCACACAAGUGAACGAGUACAGAAACCGGCUGGCUGCUUUAGUGCUGGAGCAAACUCCAUGCAGGCCCUGCAGUGGCAUCCAGUCUUUCCAGAUUUGCUCAAAGUGAUCCCAGUGAGCAUCCACGUCAAUGUCAUUCUCUUCUCUGCCAUCUUUAUUGUGCUCACCAUGGUGGGGGCAGCCUUCUUCAUGUACAAUGCUUUUGGAAAACCCUUUGAAACUCUGCAUGGUCCCCUAGGGUUGUAUCUUUUGAGCUUCAUUUCAGGCUCCUGCGGCUGUCUUGUCAUGAUACUGUUUGCCUCUGAGGUGAAAAUCCACCAUCUCUCAGAAAAAAUUGCAAAUUAUAAAGAAGGGACUUAUGUCUACAAAACGCAAAGUGAAAACUAUGCCAUCUCAUUCUGGCUGACUAAAGGCCACAGCUGAGCCUGGAACCGGUUCCUUCAUACUCAACCUGCCAUCCUCUAGAAAGCACCAAGGAAAAAGCAGAGAAUGACAGCAAACAGACCACCGGGCCUCUGGCCACAGGUGCUGGGUACUAAGCAACCCGCAUAUAAUGAGUUUGAAAGUGCUCCUUAAAACACCUUUUCCCUUUUGGAACUAUUUACAAGGAAGAAACAACUGUAUACCCGAGAAAUAACUUGCUCUGGGGUCAAUUUGCUGUUCACAAGCAGACAUCAGAACACACCCUGAGUUUCCAGAUGCUGGUUUGUCCCCUUAACUCAGGAAAUACACCUGGAGAAUUUCUAGAAGACUACAAUUCAGUCUAGCCACAAAGGAGAUUUUUUUUUUGGUAACAGACUACAGCCCAGUUGUGUAAACCUUCAGCCGAAAUGGUCUAGUACAGAAGCACUGGAAACGGAAAGUGGGAAUGAGAGGACAAGGACCAUAUCCCUCGUGGGCAGCUGGCUGGAGGUCCCCAAGGCCAGGUAUCCCCCUGCACACUCAUAUGAUCCCUCUCUGUCUUCUUGGAGUUUUGAAAAACUCGUUCAAAUGCCAGGCUUUUCUCUUUAGAAAACAAGUCUCCAAUUGCUCUCUGUUAUGUACAAAGAGAAAGAAAACCUGGAGUGGCUGCUGCAAAAACUAAUGAGGACCUAAGAGGCAAACCCAUCA